UCUCUUCUUGUAACUGCGGCUUGUGGCAGCGCCAUUUUGAACGUGCAGCCGCCCCGGGCGUGAGUCCUUCGGGGUAGGGCAGCCGGCGCGGCGACCCGGGUGUCUUCUCUGACUUUGUCCUUCCCUAUUCCGUUUCUGUAGGUAUAUAUAGUGAUACAGCUCUAGAUCUAGAAUUCUGUCCGGCAUAAGUGAACUCACUAAGAUGAUGUUAAGAGGAAACCUGAAGCAAGUACGCAUUGAGAAAAACCCGGCCCGCCUUCGCGCUCUGGAGUCUGCGGCAGGUGAGAGCGAGCCGACGGCCGCCAUGGCGCUCGCGCUGGCUGGGGAGCCGGCGCCACCGGCCCCGGUGCCCCCGGAGGACCACCCCGACGAGGAGAUGGGCUUCACCAUCGACAUCAAGAGCUUCCUCAAGCCGGGCGAGAAAACGUACACGCAGCGCUGCCGCCUCUUCGUGGGGAACUUGCCCACAGACAUCACGGAGGAGGACUUCAAGCGGCUCUUCGAGCGCUACGGCGAGCCCAGCGAGGUCUUCAUCAAUCGGGACCGUGGCUUCGGCUUCAUCCGUUUGGAAUCCAGAACACUGGCUGAAAUUGCAAAAGCAGAGCUGGAUGGCACGAUUUUGAAGAGCAGACCUCUCCGAAUUCGUUUUGCUACACAUGGAGCAGCCCUAACUGUCAAGAACCUCUCGCCGGUUGUUUCCAAUGAGCUUCUAGAGCAAGCAUUUUCCCAGUUUGGUCCAGUAGAGAAAGCCGUUGUGGUUGUGGAUGAUCGUGGUAGAGCUACAGGAAAAGGUUUUGUAGAAUUUGCAGCAAAACCUCCUGCACGAAAGGCUCUGGAAAGAUGUGGUGAUGGGGCAUUCUUGCUAACAACGACCCCUCGUCCAGUCAUUGUGGAGCCUAUGGAGCAGUUUGAUGAUGAAGAUGGCUUGCCAGAGAAGCUAAUGCAGAAAACUCAACAAUAUCAUAAGGAAAGAGAACAGCCACCACGUUUUGCUCAACCUGGGACAUUUGAAUUUGAGUAUGCAUCUCGAUGGAAGGCUCUUGACGAAAUGGAAAAGCAGCAGCGUGAGCAGGUUGAUAGAAACAUCAGAGAAGCCAAAGAGAAACUGGAAGCAGAAAUGGAAGCAGCUAGGCAUGAACACCAAUUAAUGCUAAUGAGGCAAGAUCUAAUGAGGCGUCAAGAAGAACUCAGACGAUUGGAAGAACUCAGAAACCAAGAGUUGCAAAAACGGAAGCAAAUACAACUGAGACAUGAGGAAGAGCACCGUCGCCGUGAGGAAGAAAUGAUCCGACACAGAGAACAGGAGGAACUCAGGCGACAGCAAGAGGGCUUUAAGCCAAACUAUAUGGAGAAUAGAGAACAGGAAAUGAGAAUGGGUGAUAUGGGUCCCCGUGGAGCAAUAAACAUGGGAGAUGCAUUUAGCCCAGCACCUGCUGGUAACCAAGGUCCUCCUCCAAUGAUGGGUAUGAAUAUGAACAACAGAGGAACUAUACCUGGCCCACCAAUGGGUCCUGGUCCUGCCAUGGGACCAGAAGGAGCUGCAAAUAUGGGAACUCCAAUGAUGCCAGAUAAUGGAGCAGUGCAUAAUGAUAGAUUUCCGCAAGGACCGCCAUCUCAGAUGGGAUCACCUAUGGGGAGUAGAACAGGUUCUGAAACCCCUCAAGCACCAAUGAGCGGUGUAGGUCCUGUUAGUGGUGGUCCUGGUGGUUUUGGUAGAGGAAGCCAAGGGGGCAACUUUGAAGGCCCUAAUAAGCGUCGUAGAUAUUAAACGUUCUUUCAUUCCUGGCUACUUAGAGAAAAAAAACCUCCGUGGUAUGCCUUUACACUUUUACCUGUUACCUGGAAGAAAUGGUUUUAUUGUUAAUGUAUGUAGACUUUAAAGUUUUUCUUUUGUAAAACUUGAGGUUUUUGUAUUUUUCUUUAUUCAUACAUAAGCUUUGUAGAUUAGAAUGGUGAUGAUGAUGCUCAUCAUUGUGAAUGUUAAAAUGUGUUUGUGACUUUAGCUAAAUAUAAAUAUGCCAUAGAACUGUGAAGUCUAUGUAGUUACUUAAUCUCAAUAAAGAAAUCAUUUUGGAUAAUUUACAAAUGUUAUUAGUAUUCUCUCAUAGUUUUACUAAACUUUGCUGUAACAAUAGUACUUUGGUUGCUUUAAUUAAUUCCAGCCACUUAAAAAUGAAAAUGAUUUUCUGCUUUUUAGUUUGUGCAAGUAGCACUGAAGGUAGAAGCUUAGUGAAAGCUAAUGUCAAUAAGGGGUGGAUAGAAUAGUAUAUCGGGGAGGGGUGGGGAUGGGAGUUCACAUUUGUAUAAACCAUUGAUGUUCUUUCUGUGAAAUCAGAGUUGCUGUCUACAUUUCAUAUAGAUUCUAAAUAUUCAAAUAUUCUGAGAAGGAAUAUUAAGGAUAUCUUUGUCCUGUGCUGAUUUUUUCAAAUAAAUCUUUUGAAUCUUGGAAAAAAAAACACUGUUUGGAGGCAAAUCUCUUUUGCUUAUAAAAUAAUGUCUAUUUUUCAUCUAAUCUGCUAUUAUUUGGUGUCAGUAUCUAGAUCUUACCCUUUAAAUUUCCUUACAAUCAUGUUAGGUUGGAUGUUCCAUGAAGAUUUGGUGUGAUUUAGAAGAAAUUAGGCAUUUCUUGAGAAUGUUGUUUUAUAGAAGUACUAAAGGUGGAUUAACUCUGCAGUGUUGUAAAUAUCUUCCUAUAGUUGGGUAAGUCUCUCCAGUAAAACUUGUCUGACAGGCUAGUUGUGUUUGUUUCCAAGGGAAACAGUUCAAGUGGUGAUUGGGGAAAAAAACCAAAAAAACGAAAAGGAAAACAGGAAAUUGAGAAUGUGGCUAAUAAGGUCAUUGGAAUCGGGUUAGAUCCCUGAAGUUUGAUUUUCAGUAUUAGGGAAAAACUGAUUUAAUCACAUUAUAAUUGUUAUUCUAAAACAAAGUCCUUGCUGUAUUUAAAAUUUUGUAUGUUAGCCAUGUCUAAUUUAAAAUUACAUUUACGGAAUUUUAUAUUCACCUUAAACCACAAAUCGAAUGCAUCAGCCAUUGAUCAUAACAUAGUUAUUUCUCAUACAACAUUUCAGUGUGUUACUGUAUCAUACUUUAGCAUUUUCAUGAAGAAUAAUGUGCUAUUUUGAAAUGAAUAGUAUGUAAAUAUUAAUUCAUUUUUGCAUGGUGUAUGUUUAUGCUGGAAGGCAUACUUUGGAAAGAAAUAAAUCUGGUUAAUUUAAAAUCUUGCACAGAAGCAGUUAGGUAUAAAGCAAAACUGAGAUGCAUUCCUUUGUAACAGUGAAAAUUUUCUUGUGUACUAUUUCACGUUCUAUUUUUUAGACAGCAGUAUGGAUGGAAUUUUCUAAAAUUUGUGGUAUUCAUAGGCUUUUGUUUUUGGCAAAUCUUUAAAAACAUGAUUUGGAGAUUAUAAAAUAAUAGUCAAAGACUGUUCUCAUCACAUUUUCCAUGUACAUGAGUUGGCAGGGAGUGGAAUUAUUUUAUUAAUUCAGUACAGUGUAGGGCGUUUUAACGUUAUAAUUUUUAAAUGAUAUCUAUAGCACCUAAAUACACUUUUCCAGUCACCUGUAUUUUUAUUCAUACAAUUUUUAGGUAAUUUCUAGCACCGUAUUUUGCUUCAAAGCUUAAUUAAGAGUGGAAAAAGCUUGAUCCUUUGAUGUUAAUACCAAGCUGUUUUUGGCCGAGGUUGUGAAAUUCUGUAACAUUGAUUCAAGAACAUUUGAAAGCCAGUGCACAAGGAGAUGUCCUAAUCUUCUGAACAUUCUAGUGUCCGGCUCAACUCUGGCUCCAAGAAUUGAGUUCUACACAGCUUUUUCCUUGCAUCAAGAAAAUCUUUGUUCCAGUGCUUACCAAGUUUACCCUGGGAACAGUCAGCUUCUGAGUGACAGUCAAGCGGAGCAUCUGGGAACUUCUAGUUACUCAGUUUUUAGUGUUUUUGUAUAAACAACUUUGUGGCUGGUUCAGUCAGUAUUUCUUUCUGGUCAAUUAGCAUACAGACCAGGAAAGCUAUUUAAAUGUCAUUUUCUUAAAAGUGGUAGAUAUAAAAAUAAAUAAUAGUAUUAGCUUUUUAAAAUAAGUGUGAAUUUGUCAUAUGUUACCAUGAUUCUGUCCAUAAAAAGGUAAUUUGAAACAUCUUAGCAUUAUAAUAAUAUCACAGUAUUGUGUUUCUUUUUGUGUCAUGAUUUGAAACAGUCAGUUUGAAGUCUGUAGGAUUUAGAUCUCAUGGCAAUUAAUAUGUAAUUUGGACAAAAUAAAGGAAUACCCAUUUUCCUAAUUACUUUGUCAGAAUUUCCCCAUUUUUGUUUUUAAAAUAAACAAACUUGGACAGAUCUAGUUUUUAAAGAACUUUCGAUUCACCCAUAUUUCAUAAAGCUCAAUUUGUUAUUCCUUGAAUUUUUGAGUUUUUCUAUUUAAAAUGAGUACCGAUCAUUCAAUGAAAGAGAUUAAAUAUUUCUUUUUAACCCUAUAGUAUCAGUAAUAUUGGGGAAAAAGUAACCUGGUUUCACCAGAAUUGCCAUUUAAUAGAAAUAGAAAUAUCAAUAAGGACAGUAAUGAAAUGUUGAUCUUGUUUCUCAAAUACUAAUUGAAAUUAAUCUUUACAUUUUAUGCAAACACAUACUUUGAACAUUUCAGUAACUUGGUGUUUAUAUUUGAAGUCUGUAGUUAUUUGCUGAAUAUCAGCGUGAGUGAUUAAUAGUCACUAAGUACUAUUUGGGGAUUUGGUUGAUAAUUACAACCUAGAUUCUGAAUGAGAAAAAGAUACAUGGUGUGAUUGAAAGAAAAUGCCUUGUGAGAGAAUGUGAUCAAAUUUAUGUUUAAGCUUUUUAAAAAAGGUUUGAAAUUUAUUGUCUAAUGGAAAUAGUCAAAAAUCAAAGGAAUACAUUAUUUUGCAUAAGUAAAGGAAAAUUUCUGGAGAAUGUUGUGGUAUUUAAAUGUUCUGUGUGUGCUGUUGUGUUAUAAUGUCUAAUAAUAUGUUAAAAUAAAUUCCUGAAAUAUGAAAGGGUAGUAAUGACGUAAAAACUCAGACUUAAUACUUUCAAGAAUAAGAUGGUGAACACCCACGUAUCUAACUCCUAGAUUAGACAGUUGUAUUUUUCUGUGCUUGCUUCAUAGAUAGUUGUAGACAUGAACUUAUUUAGUGGGGAGAGGUGGGAACUACUUCAAAGUAAGUAACAAGUCCAUCAAAGUUGUAUAGACCCAUGUGGGUUUAUUUCAUCCUAAAGAAAGCAUGAUUAAAUAAAUUGAGAGUAGUUUUAUUUUGUUUAUUUUAAAGUUUAUUAAUUUAUUUUGAGAGAGAUGCAGCAGGGGCAGAGAGAGAGGGAGAGAGAAUCCCAAGUAGGCUUCGCGCCGUCAAUGCAGAGCCCAGCACAGGGCUCGAACUCACGAACCUUGAGAUCAUGACUUGAGCCAAAACCAAGAGCCAGUCGCUUAACUGAUGGAGCCACCCAGGCACCCUGAGAGUAGUUUUAUAUUUCACAAGAGCAUUACAUCCUUUCCUGCAUCCUUCAGAACUAAGUUUCUAAAAAUAGGAAACAAUUUUAGUAUGUUUACUUUACAUAAUUGUUUUUCACAGUUGUGUAAAAUAAAGCAUGCAUAGCUUCCUGAGUGAAUGUGGACAGGUAAUUCAUAGAAUGUUGCUCUGGGGAAAUCGCAAAGAAUUUCAUUAUUUUUAUAGUAUCUAAUCUUAAGUUUUUAAAAAAAACAGUAUCUGAUUAAGAUCUGUAUUUUGCAUUGUAUGUUGUAUUAGGUGUUUUUUUUUGUUUUUUUUUUUUUUUUUUUUUUGUAAAAAGCACUUCUAAGUGUAGAAAAAACAAUUUGGAAGUUUCUUUUGUUUACUGGAUUACUGAAUAGCAGUAUUGGUGAUUGAAGUUUGAAUCUUACAUGACUGAAUAUUUAAAGGCCCAACCAGAACACUGUUAUCUUGGGAAUAUUACUUGACUUCUUGCCUUUUUCUAUAAAAUCACGUUUAGGUUAUAAAUAUCUCCAAGGUUUCCUUUUGGUUGAAACUUAUUCUUUGAUUAUUUUUUUAUUUACUUGGUAGAAUCAGUGGUAUGUACUUUGUUUUAUGAUGUAUAGUUUUCCUUUUCAAUAAGAGGAUUUUAUUUUCUAGAUGGAGAAUUUUCUAGAUUUUCUAGAUGGAGAAUACUGCAUUUCUUAAAGUGAGCUAGCCAGAAUUCAUAGUGCACGUUAAAAAAGUUACCUUUCAAGGAUAUUGUUUUAUGGCUUGAAUCACUGUUACCAGGACCAACUCUUCCUUCCUUUGCAACAAAUACUAGGGUUCGUUGACUAUGUUUAUAUAAAAACCCUAAGGUAGAAUUACUGUUUGCUUUCUGAAUUAAAGAAGUUGAUUUUAAAAGAUGGUAUUGUGCUUGUACAUGUACAUAAAAUUUCACUUCUGUCUUAUACAGUAUAAUUCAAAUUUCAUGUAAGGUACGUCCGUCUUAAAGUUAAGACUAGUUAGUAGGAUUAGAUACAAUUAAGAAGUGUAUUUAGUUUGAAUAUAUGAUUUUUGAAUUUUCAACUUUUUUUUUAAGUAUAGUUAAUAAGAAAUGGUUUUUAUUCAUUAAAAAUGAGGGCCCUGCAUUGCAUGAACAGUAACGUAUAGACGUUAAUUGAAUAGUAAUGUAAUGGACCUUGUGUUUCUUAAAUGCUCUGUGUAAGUGUGUUUUUGGUAAUGUUCAAGACUUUGGAACUGAUAGUGAUAUCUGUAAUUUGUUUCUAGUUCUGAAAUCAUCAUUUCAGAUAUUUAACGUAGGAUAUGUAUGUAUAUGAGGUACUGUCAAAGCUUAAAGGAGUAGCCACAGUAAUCCGUUACGUUUUGUGUUACAUCCCUGCCUGGAUCUCUAAGACAUACUCUUCCUUGUUCCAUCUUCAUUAUGCAAAAUGUCAACUUAGCAGACUUUGGUGAAUGCAAAUGAGAGUUUGUGUAUGUUUUGGGGUUUAGGAAACUAUAUAAAUACAAUCCUAUUGCUAUUUGCCAUGUUUGGCCUACGAAUUACAUACAUUUUAAUUUUUGUAUUCUUGUUGGAACAAUUUAUCUUCCACAGGUUAUUUAUAUUGUUUUCUUGUACAUUUUGCCAGAAUAAGUUUUUCCUCAGGGUAUUUUCAGAUUAUUAGAUAACAUUAAUCAGUAUCAAAUAUGAUGCAUUGCUUAGAUUUACAAAUGUCUGGUGUUCUUAUGAGAAAAAGCAAACAAUUUAACACAUAGUGAUUCUCUUUUAAUUUGUGAUCUUUUUAGAAGUGUUGGAGGUAGUAGUAACUCGCUCAGUGGUUAUUGCUUAGUUUAUAAUGCACAUUCUUAGAAUUGGUUAGAAUAUUUACAUGUUCAUGGACAUGUAAAUGGUUAGAAUAUUUUAAACAUUAGGGGUCCACAGUUAAGCAAAGUGAACAUAAAAAUCAGAGUGUCUACAAAGUGAUACUUUCUCAGUCAUAAGGAAUUUAUGGGGGAGCCAUGUCAUUCAGAAUUGUACUAUACCCAUAUGUUUAUUUUACCAGUAUGUAUUGAGGGGUCCUAUUGUUUGCUGUACCUGCUCCCAGGGCUGAGAGAUACAACUGUAGAGAAACAAAGUCCCUGUUCUACAUUAAAGGACAGAAGUCAUGCACAUCCUGCAGAGUAGUGGUUCUCACACUUAAGUGCGCAUUAGAGUCGUCUGGAGGGCUCAUUAAAACAGCUUUCUGGGGCCCACCCCACAGUUUUCUCAUUCAGCAGGUCUCAGGUAGGACUAAGUAAUGUACAUUUCUAACAAGUUCCCUGGUAGUGAUGUUGGGUUUGGGGACCCCACUUUGAGAGUCUCUGUUCAAGUAUCACUCAAAAGAAUCACUGUAACAUUUUUGGUUGGUUGAUUUUUGUUGGUGGUGGUGUAGGUCAUUGUCCUGCUGUUUAGGAUCCCUGGCCAGUCAUUGAGACCAUCCAAACACUCCCAAACUUUUCUCUGCCAAUUGACGAGUACCACACAAAAGCCAUUAAAAAAAAAUUUUUUUUUUUUUUUUUUUUAACAUUUAUUCAUCUUUGAGAGACAGAGACAGAGCAUGAGUGGGGAAGGGGCAGAGAGAGGGAGACACAGAAUCUGAAGCAGGCUCCAGGCUCUGAGCUGUCAGCACAGAGCCCAACGCUGGGCUUGAACUCACGAACUGCGAGAUCAUGACCUGAGUCGAAGUCGGACACUCAACCUACUGAGCCACCCAGGUGCCCCCCAAAUCCAUUUUUUAAAAGCAGGCACGGUCAUGGCUAUUGAUUGCUAAAUCCUAACACGUGAUAUGUAUUUAUCCUUUUUUGAACUAGGAUUUAAUUUUUGUGUCACAAGCCUAGUUAAUUCAAGUGAAGAGGGAAUGCAGAAAAGUAUAGUUUGAAAAUUUUGUAAAAGUUUUUUACUCAAGUGACUUUAAGUUACUUACACCAGUAUGAGAAAUGAAACAAUGUAAUAAUCUGUUUUGUACCAGUGUAUUUGAAGAUGGGUAUGCCUGACAGGUGAAAGUUCUAGAACUGUCCGGGUCUUUGCUUACCAUCUUGGUAAAUAUGAAUAGAAUUACACCGUUUUGAUGGAUUAAAAUGAUGGUUUGACCUUUCUCUUGUGUGAACUGGUUUUUGCUUUUGUAGAUUAAAGAUAAAGAUGUCAUAAAUGUAUUUUCUAAGACCAUGAGUAUAUUUAUUAAAUGUAAUUCCCUCUUGCUUUGCAGCUUCAAUUUUCAUUAGUCGUUUUAGAACAUAAUGCUGAACAAGGAGUUCAAUAAAUGGAAAUUGUUAAGUAGUUUUAUGGUAAAAAGUUACAGCCUGGAUUGUGAGACCUUACAAAGACUUACGCUACGUAUAUGUAUGAUUCAAGGUCUAUUCAGAAUUAUGCAGUACGUUAAAACAAUCAAAUCAGUCCAUAAUGAGAGCAUAUAUAGUUGCUAUUGUUGACUAUAGUUUCUUCAAAAAGUUUUUUGAAUAUAUUAGUGCAAAGAAACAAUCACCUGGUUUGUAGCCUUGUAAAAGUCUCAGCAGGUAGUUUCUAAAACAUUGUGGUGUAUGUCUGCUAAGAAUAUCUGUGUAUAGAAAACAAGGAUAGCGACUUGUUUCUAGUUGUAAUUCAGACGUCACCUGGGUGCCUCUCUGUUCUUCCCAAAUACUGCCCUAGCAUAAUGUCCUCUCAGUUUUACCAGGAAAUCCACAUUGACCAAGCAAUGUGACUCUGAGGGGUUACAUUAUCUGUCAUCAAGGAAGACAACUUAGCUACCCUUUCAACUUUGCACCAACCCACAUCUCCCUCACUUUUUUAUUAAAAAGUCAGAUUUCUUGCUCUGUGGAAACCCAGGACUUUUAAGAGACUACAAGGUUUCUUCCCCAAGGUGGCUUAUUUAAUCUGUUUUCCAAAUGAGGAAUUUUCAUGCAGUCUAAUGAGUGAAACUUUGUUUCAUUGUUUACUUCUAAACAAACUUAUGUGAAUAGAUUUCUUAUACAUUUGGUUUUCCUGUUAUUUAUUACUCAUUUUCUCCAGUCAGAAAGUGAUUUUUUUUUACUUCUGUCGCAGUACUUGGACACUACAGCGAAUUCUGUUUCUACAGAAGUCAACGCUUAACUUUAUUUUUAGGUACACAAAUGCAGAAAAAUACAGUAAAAUUUGAAAAAGGAAACUGUUAAUCUAUGCAUUACUCAAGUUUUCUGAUUCAGAUUAUAGUUUCCCUAUAUGGUAGUGUCCCCUUAUCUAAGGAGGGAUUAUUCCAAGACCCCCAGUGAAAGCCUGAGAGCACAGAUAGUACCAAACCCUAUAUAAAUAAUAAGGUUUUUCCUGUUUACAUACGUAUCUGUGGCAAAGUUUAAUUUCUACGUUAGGUACAGUAAGAGAUUAACAGUGAUGACUAAUGAAAACUACAAUUAUAAUAAUAUACUGUAAUUAAAGUUAUGUGAAUGUGGCCUCCCAGAAUAUUGUAGUCAUGUCUGUGGUGAUGUGAGAUGAUAAAAUGCCUAUGUGAUGAGACAAAAUGAGGCGAAUGUUUAGGCAUUGUGAUGCAGCAUUAAACUACUAGUGACCUUCUGACCAUAUACUCGGGAGUGGCAUCUACUUCCAGAUUGUGGGUAACAAACUGUGGAGAGCAAAACCACAGAUAAGGAGAACUCCUAUAACUCCCUGCACACAUGACCUUGUAUUUAAGAGCCCCUAUUAUCCUAGUAGGCAGGUAUAAGAACUUUAGUUUUGUGCUUGAUCUGUUGCUGCAGCUGUUCAGAAUUACACAUGAUUAAUUAGGAAGAUUCGAAAGACCUAAUUUUUUUCUUUCUUUAGGUACGUUCACCUUUAUCUGGAGCCAUUAAAUCUUUAAAAUGUUAGAAGAGAUCACAAGUUUUUGGAAGAUAACAUGCUCCAAAUUUUGGGGGUAGGAAGUAUAAUAUAGAAAGCACAAGUAUUCAGAUUCUUAAUGUCUACCUUUCUAUAUAAUACGCUUAUAUUUUAGGAAGAGUAAGUUUAGUUUAUGUCCCAGUAUUUGUGCUACAGAUGAUAGAGCUGAGGUAAACUAAGGUGUAGUUAGGUUCGUAUUAAUGAUCUUUUAGAUCUGUAAAUGGAUGAGCUCUUUUGUUGAUUGAAAUUAUAGAUCUCAUAAUUUGAAUUGUGCAGUUACUUGAACAGUGUGGAAGACUACUUGUCAUAAGCAAUUUCUAGUCAUUCUAUCCAGUAGAUUAUAUACAUAUGUACAUGUUAAAGAAUAUAGCAACAUUUAAAACAUUCUAUACUGGUUUUGUACAAUUGCUGUGUUGGCAGUUUCUUGCAGUCUGGGCACUGCAGAUAACUGCACAGAGGAGAGCAGCCCUCGGCUCCCGUGGCACUGGUGUUCCAGGGAGACCAAAUAGAGUUGAAAUAAUUUGUGUAGUCAUAAGGGUAGAGAAAGUGACAGCUAUUUUAGAUAAAAGGACUAGAAAAUGUGUGUCUCAGGAGACAAAGGGACAACAUUCUGUUUGAUUUAGUCUGUACUGGUAAAAGACAACAUUGUGAUGGAUGAAGUGGAUGCCAUAAUUCUAUUGGAGCUGUGCUAUUCAGUGUGGUGGCCGUAUGUGGACUACUGAAUCUUUAGAAUGGGACUAGUAAGACUGUAAGGUUUCUAAUUUUAUUGCAAUUAAAUUCAGUUUAUCAGUACAGUGUUUAGCAUAUUUGGAACACCUUGGGUAAGCAAAUCUAUUUUUUCAUCUUUAAUGUAAUGAAAUCUAAAUACACAUAAAUAUUGGAGAAAAUUUACCACUUAAACAGAUGUGUAAAAGUACAGAAUUGCAACGACUUGGUAUGAAGAAAAUGUAAAGUAUCAAUAUUUAAUAUGGCCAUAUGUUGAAAUAUAUUUUGGAUAUGUUAAGUUAAAUAAAAUACACUGUUUAGCUAAUUUCAUCUGUUGCUUUUUUCUCUUUAAUGUUUUUCUUAGAAACUUAAAAUUUCUUACAAUGUGUGCAUUAUUUUUCUUCUGGACAGUUCUGGUCUAGAAUAGUAACUUUGUCAAAUUUUUCUUUUCCUUAUAUGGAUAUAAUCCCAGAAUCUCCCUACAUGGUGUAAUUAUGCAGUUCACUUAUUUUUUUCUUUUUAAAAUGAAAAAUUUGAAGUUGAACUUCAGAGUUUAUGUAUUAGACAUUAGGUGUUAGUGACGUUGAUUAGGUGUUAAUGAGAUUGAUUUCCUGUAGUCUAAUUGCUUGGUGUUUAUGCAGGAAUGCAAGAAAGGAGUUUUGAGUACCAGUUUUCAAGAAAUAAAUUGUACACAUUAAGUUUACAUUUACUCCUUUCACUUUUGUUACUUUUCUUUUGGACUUGCCUAUUGGCUGCUCUUUCCAUAAAAUUUUCAGCCCUAAAAAAUUUUUAUUGUCAUACAAGAUUUCUCUUUAAAUCUUUGUGUGAACUUUUUGUGUUAUUUAUUUGUUUACUUCAUUCUGUCCAGGAUGUCAGGCAGCUGUAGCAGAGUAAGGACCUUAUUAUUUAGUGUUUUAUCCUCAUAGUAUGUCCUUAUUAAAUGUUUGUUUAGUGAAUGAAUGACACCAGCUGGUGUCUACAUGAGAAUAUAAAAAAAUGAAUAAAAGAAUGGUUCUUGCUCUCUUGGGAUUUAGAGUUUAAUGGUUAUAAGUAAGCAAAGUGUAAGACCACUUGGUAGGAAGGAAGGGAAUAGGAAAUGUUCUGAUAAUCUAGAAACAAGGUUGGGAAGACGGGGAGGAGUUCACUAAGAUGGUAACUUUUGAGCAGGUCAUAAAGGUGAGUAAGUACCUGCCAGUUUUGGGGUUUUGGAGGGGAAGGAGAGGGCGGGGAGGGUUGUGGGAUGAUGGAAUGGUGUGGUUGGAAGGGCUAAUAAGUAAACAGGUCCUGGGCAGUUACAAGGAGUUGUCUAGGGGAGGGAGGUAAGUAUAGAGAAGGGAAGAAGUAAAGAUUAGAUAAAACUGAUGGGCUCAAGUUAAGGAGUUUGGAUCUUUGCCUUUUGUGUGACUGGGUGUCAGAACAGUUACUUUCGGUACAAAAUUACUGGAUCAGAAACAAAGCAGAGACCACAUAGAUUCUUAGUUUACUCCCACAGUCCCUACCCCUCACAUGAUAUUUGAAGGGAUCUUUAAUGUUAGUGAUGAUUGUUCAGGUUCCAGACAGGAGUAAUUCAGAAGUAGAGUGAAUUUAACAGACUGUUAGUGGGAGACGGGGAGACGAAGAGUGAUCUAGGAGUUUCUAAUUUGAAUGAUAAGGUGAUGGUGGUGAAACCAUUAACUGAAACACAGAAGGUAAGUGUGUUUAGGAUUGGGCGUGGGGGAGGUGUAGCUGCUUGAGGGAGAGGUAGGUAUUGGAUUGUAUAACAUUUUGGUUUGAGUACCUUGGUGGAUUGUUGGGAUUUUAAAACUCUACAGUAAAUGUAUUCUCUCUCAAGGCACUAUCAUUUGUUCCUGAAGGUGACUACAUUACCCUCUAACUUGUCCUGCUUCUACUUUUGCUCUUGUAAUUUAUUUUCCACAUAAUAUCUAGUGCAUUCUUUUAAAAUGUGAGUUAGAUAAUGGUCGUCUCCUUUUUCAAAUGCAAUAGCUUUCCAUUUGAAUUAAAACCCAGCUAUAUUGUAGGCCAUUGGGUUUGUUUGUUUUUUAAGAUUUUUUUUUUUUUUUUUUUUUUUUUUGAGCAGUCUCUGCACCCAACAUGAGGCUCAAACCCACAACCCCAAGAUCAACAGUCACACAUUUUGCCAGCUGAGCCAGCCAGGCGCCCUGAGGCCACAGGGCUCUAAGAUCUGUUUUCCAUCUUCCACCCUUUGUGUACUAAAUACUAAAGUUGAUCCUCUGUCUCCCCAGAUGUUUUUAUAGGUCUCUUAAGAAAGAGCCUUUCCUCAGAAUUUACAUUCCUGUCACUUUGUCAGUAUAUGCUAUUUACUUAUUUGCUUGUUGUGCCUACAUUUUCAUCUUUUAUCAGGGUUCCCAGCUAGCAUAACAUUUGACACUCAGUAUAUCUUGAACCAGUCUGAGGCAAAAUCCAGAAGAAAGACUGGGAGUAAUGUGGAGUUUUCAGUACUAGUUAAAGUGUGUGCAUGAGAAUCCCAGAUUGCUUAUUCAUUCCCUAAACAGUUACUGGGCAUUUGUGUCUCAGCCUGGACUUACAAUAGUGAAAAAAUAGAACGGGCCCUUGCCUUCUUGGAGCUUGAAGUUAGUGGGUGGCAAGAGAAAUCAUCAGAAGAAAUGAUAAAUUCUUAGACAAUUCCAUCAUUGUAUUGAGGGUCAGAGCAAGAAGAGCCAGUAGAGAAUGUGAGUGAAUUGCCCAGUGUUUAAUAGAAUUUAGGAAAAUAUGUACAUAUAUCGUAAAUAAAAAUGUCUAAAUAAAAAUAUAUCUAAAAAGAAAGUACUAAGAACCAAGUGAGGGAGGGAGACAGGAAAUGUGAAGAGAGUAAUUUGAAAUGGAUGGAUGGAAAUGACCUCUUACUCUGAAGCUGGUGAGUGGAUGAGGCAAACUUGCAAGAAGGCAAAUUUUAAAUUUUUUAAAAAUUGAAACAAGGGUUCUUAAAAUUUUUUCAAUUAAAAAAAUGCCACAGUUUUGUAUAUCGGGUACACCAAAUACAUGGUGUUUUGUGGGUGGUGAAACCCUAAGCAGAGGAACUGAAAGUGAAUAUAAAAGCCUUCCUGAAAUGUCCAAAUAUUAUUGAUAUUUCUCUCCAGAAAAAGAACAUUUUCUUCCUAAUUGAAUGUAAAAUGAAGGCGACUGGUUUUAAGAAUUUACAUAUUUGUCUUGCAUCUUUUCUUACAUUUAGUGUAUGUUGAGAAGAUUAGAAGCAGCAAAAGGGGGACAGGUUGGCUGUGAAGAGCAACUUGUCGGGACAUAGAAGGGCUCCUAUUAAAGUGCAGCAACUUGAACUUACUGUUGUUGGGAUUAUCCACAUACACUUCGUAUAUGUAAUCAUCAGAUACACUUCUACAGACACUGAAGGUCUUACUGUGGUAUUUUCUAGUAAUUGACUUUAAAAUGACAGAGUGGUUAAGAUUUCCAGGAGAAAUCUUUCAGUAAAAAAACUUGGAUGUUACGAGAGGAACAUCUAGGACUCUUGGGGGCUUUGAUACAUAACCUGGGUAUUGCAUCAAAAAGAGCAUGAGAAGCUUUUGUACAAGUAUUGGGAGAGAAAAGGCAUGUGAUACACAGUUUGAAGAAACUUUCUCACUUGGUCUUUUAUUAAUCCUAUUUAAGAGUGGUAAUGUUUCCAGUUCUCUAAAGGGUUUCUUAUAGGCUACCAAUUCCCUUCUGCCUCAUCCUGUUUUAUGUGCUUGCUUCCUUUAUCAUGUUCUUGGAGUUUAACACCCCAUUACUGUUCAAUUGGAUGGAUUGUAUGGAUUUUUAAAAUUAUUUAUAAAAGAGGCAUUGCUUGCUUUUCUGAGUUGCCUUUACAACGAUUUGAACUAUUUCUAAGGAGAUAAAUUAACAUUUUUCUUAGUUACAUAGUAGACAUUACUGAGUUCCUGCAUUUGGGUUUUUAUCUUUCAUAUAUUUUAUAGUAAAUGCAAAUUAGUAUAAGUUAGGAAGAAUGGGAAUGCCACUGAGUCUGGGAACCUGAAGAAAAUAAUUUCCUGUUUUGCCAUUUCUUUUUGACCUCAGAACUGAUGAAAAGUUGGGAAAUAAAUGUCUAAGUGCUAUAUUUAGGAAUGAUUUAAAAAUUUUCCAGUUUGCAUUAUGGUACGACUUUAAAUCAAUAUGUUACACUGGUACAUAUUACCUAACAUCUACAAGGAGGACAAAUAAGUUGAGUCAACUUGAGGUAGCCAGAGUUGUAAUGUGUUUUUUUUUUUUCUAUAUAGCUAAUAUGUUCUAUGUGAAAUAGAAGUCUAUUUUAAUAUUUACUUGAGCCAUAGUUAAGUUUUCUAUCCUUAUGCUCAAUAGUGUGAAAAGAGAAUGGGUUUUUAAGACCAUUAGUUAGCUGUUUGAACUAAUUUGUAUAACUUUUUCAGACAUUUUUUUCCUCAGCAUUCAGUAUCUUUACCGUUUCAUUAAUUUCCCAUGUCCAUCAUCCUGCCUUUAUUUAGCUCUCCUCCUCAUCCCAGACUUCCCUGUACAGUCCUGCUUUUUUCUGCUCCAAACUGAGCUGUUGCUGUUGCGAACAGCUGUAGCAAAACUGUACCCGUUAGAACUUCAGUGGAUUGUAUGUGCUCUUGGCUGGAUCACCAUUAAACGAACACUUGAGAAUUUGGCAGUAACUAUUCUUUCUCUGUUUGUUCCUUGCUAGUUUUUUUCUUUUAGAUCGCGCUUGCAUAUGCACACACAAUAGCAUAGGUGCUAGUACUACCAUGAGUUUUUUAGAAUUUUAUCACAUCGUUAAAAAUAACUUAGGUAUUAAAAUGCUAAUUUAAUUUACAUGUGUUGUUGCUGUCAUACUUGGAUAUAUGCUAACAUGUAUUUCGUCAGUGAAGUGAAUGAUUUUAAGUGGAUACGACCCAUGCAUGCAUUGUAAAGGAUUACUGUCAUUGUUAUAUUUGCAAAGAGCCUAGGUUAGUAUACAGAAGUCACAGAUCAUGGAUGACUGAUUCUACAGUAGGUAGCCCCAUUUGUUAAGUAUUUGCUACAUUUUAGACUACGAACCUUAAUGUGGGGACCUUUUUUUAAGACUGGGUAGGUGCAGGUGCUCCUCUUGUUGACCAGUUCCAAACUCUAGUAGUGGCAGAGGUUGGAAUACAGCGCGAGAAUUACAAUACACUGAAGAAAAGUCCUAAGGGAAAACAAAAUGAUGGUAAGCAUCAGUAGGGGGUAGCAUCUUUGAGACUUGCAUUAUAUUUGCAUGAUGUUGGUGGCAGGCCAAAGUAAACAAAAAUUCAAGAAAGCACACAUGAAUAUAAAAUAAGUCUUGGUCUCUUGUUGUGAGUAAAAAAUGCAUUUUGUUGUGAUUGACCUAGAGCAUCACAUGCAGUACGUUAUCUCGUAUCUCAUUACCCAUUUAAAAAAAAUAGCUUGCUGUGUGUUCAGCUCCGUGGUGGUACUGGGUAUAUUUGGGUGACUUCACAUACUACACUUGAGACCUGUUGUCCAAAAUGAAGUGUUACAGAGUUUGGAGAAGAGAAAUGAGUAGAAGAUAAAAACUAACUGGGAAAGAUUUGCAUAGGAUGAGAGAAUGUUGUUGCUUAGGAGUGUGAGAUUUAAAGGACCGUUCACAACAAAAGGGGGAGAAUUCUUAAUGUGUGUGUCCAAGGAUUUGAGGAGGUACAAGCUCCUGAGUAUCAUCUUCAAGAUGAGUUACAUCAUGUCUUUGGGAGCAGGUGCUAUCAGAGAAGGCCCAUUAUGAACAAAGAUUGGGAGCUGAUAACUGUGCGUGAAGCUGGUAGUCCAAAAUGAGAGUAGAAAACUAAUCAGAUAUUGGGAGUCUUUUGGUCAGAGAAUGAUGGUGGUACGAUUAAUAUUGUCCAAAAAGUUAACUUUAUUGUAGGAAGGGUGUAUUUGUAGUAACAUAGACUGCAGGCAGGGAAACGAGUUUUUAUAUGGUAUUUGGAUUGGAGAGGAAGAGUAGAAGUCAGGACUUCAAUUAAUUAUGAAACCGUCAGGGCUUGGUGAUUAAGUGGAUGUGGGGGCCAGUUAUGUGAAGGAACGCAAGGAUGACUGAUUUUAACCAAAUGGUGGGUAGUUUUGGUGCUGCCAGCUUCCAAGAAUAGGGCAGCAAGGUCAGGAUGGAAGGCUUCAGGUACUUGUGACACCUUCUAAGGGUUUCAGCAUGAAAAAUUAUGCUUAGGAAAAGGUCUUGGCUCAUGAGUUUUGAUUGUCACCAAAAAAAGUUAAUAGUUCAUAAAGUAUGAGACAAAUAGUUCACCAGUACAAAAUUUAUAUAGGUUGGGGGCUGGGAUACCUUCUAACCAUCUAUGUAGAUGGAGCUGCUUAGGUAGACUUGGAAGGGCUUGGUGAACGGAGUCUCAUACUGGAUUACAUUUAAUCCAUAAAUACUGCAGUUGUGUUCAUUAGUUACAAAAACAGUCUGUUACAGAAAUGGACAUUUACCUAAUUUUUUCAUAUUUGGUUAGUGGUCAGCACAAGGAAAUGUGGAAACCAGAGGUGGAUUAACGCCUAUUGUCUUACUCCUCAAAGUUGAAAGUUACUUAAGUAAACCCUAUAUUAUAGCCAUCAUCUAAAUACUUGAGAUCUGGAAAUAAUCCUUGUCACACUAUUGUACUUUAGAAAGCAUUAACAGCCAAUAUAUAUGAACUUACCUUCAAAUACUAUUGAUAUGUAAACUACUUAAUGUAUUUUUGAAUUAUUUGAAUAAUAUCCAUCUAUUGUACAAACGAGGAGGUAUAAACUGGUCUGUAGUAAAAGUAAAUUUUUCUAUGCUGUGUUUACAAGUCACCUGACUUCUCUGUCCAGGCAUAAUCAUUGUUAUAAAUUUCUUGUGUAUCCUUCUAGAAGUUUCUGUGCACUCAGGCAUAUUUGUGUACAUUCUUAGUACAUAGGCAAGCACACUGUACACAUUUGCCAUUUACUUAUUUCCUCACAAUAUUCUGUUUUGGAGAUUGUUCCAAAUGCAUAAGUGAGAGAGAAAGAUCCCUUGUUCCUAUACCUGUUGGUAGGUCAUUGUCAGGUGUAUACCAGAUCUUUCUUGGCCAGGGAUGUUUCCUUCUCCUCUCCCUUGUAUGCCCUAACAUAUGUCUUAGGAUAUGUGUUAUGAAGCAUGCGUGUGAAUGUAUAUAUAGGAUAAAAUUUCUACCAGUUAAAUCGGUCGUGGUGUAUGUAUGUUUUUAUAGAGUUUUUUUUAGAUGCUGCCUGCCUCACUAUAGACAGAACUUAGCUUUAUUCCCUGCAGCCCCCAACCAAAUGCAUAAAGUCAGUAAAGAUCACAUAUUAAUAAAACCUGAUGGGAUUAUUGUAGGUAAUAGUGGACGUUUUGGAAUAGAAAUUAUGUAAUUGAAAUUGGAAGAGCUUUAAAGUCUAAAGUUGGCUUAUAAGAAUUCCAGGAAUUAGAGACCCAAAGUCUUGUGCUUUAAAAAUUAGAUUACAUUAAGUAGAUGCCUGUUUAAUUAAAUGAACUAUUAAUAUCUUCGAGAGAGUUAUCAAUAUGUAAGAUUUUUAAAGGACUUGGUGAACAUCAAACUUGGUGAACAGUUGACACAAUUUAAUAAUGGGUUAUUUUAUUGUGAUAGAGAAAAGAAGGGCAUUUGACUCCAAUUCAAAUUGAAGUCUUUAAUUUAAAAAAUUUCUACAGUUCUCCAGUGAUGGGGAAAUGGGCAUUACUGUGCCCAGAUAGCUAACUUGAAUUUCAUUUCUUAAAUAAUCAGUUAUAGGAAGAACCAUAACUCUUCUAGAAGAAUUCCCAUCUGUGGUAUUCAUAUUAUGAUUUCACUUUGAAUUUCGAAUCUUACAUUAAUUUGGAAAUACUGGAGGGAAGUAGGUAUUUCAUUUACAAACCAAAAAGGAUGGAAGCUGUAAGCUGUAUUUUAGAUUAGCUCUGCUUGGAAUUAAUAAAAAGACAUUUGUGUACAUUUCUAAAGAAUUGUGGUUUGUUAUUCAGUGAAUUAUAUGUUUGAAGACUCAUAGCAAAAUGAAAUGAUUGUUUUGUGUGCUUUAUUUACUUUUUUAAAGUAAGUUCUGUAGCCAAACAUGGGCUUGAACUCACCAUCCCAAGAUCAAGAGUCGCAUGCUCUAACCAACUGAGCCAGCUCAGACCCCAAAGUAAUUUUUUUAAUUAAAAAAAAUUGUAUCUUCAGAUAGUAACUGUAAACAAUUAUGUAUAUAUAUUGUUUACCCAAGGACUUGAAUGAGCAAUUUGCCAUUUCCAAAACUAAUCUUGGUCAGAGAUCAUUUAUUCCACUUUAUUCUUCAAUAUCCAUCAUAAAUUUGAAGUAUUCUAUCUCCAAGGUAUGACUAGAAAAUAAACAUUGUUUUGUUUCACCACAUCAUGUAGUUAUUAGAUUUCCUAAAUACAUUGAGCACAUACUAUGGCAAUACUAGAGAGUUUCUGACUGACUCCUAAUAAACACUGGGGAUACAGCUGGUCUGGGGAAACUGACCUGUCCAUUUUAGGAUGGUCAGAGGAGGCUUCUCUAAGGAGAUAGCUGAUACCUGAAUGAUCAGAAGAGGGGACUUGCCAAGUUGGAGGUGUUGAAGGUGAAUCCAGUUCAAGCUGAGAGGAUUAUCAUUUAUGGCAAGGAAGAGGAGAAUGUGGCUCGAAUUAAGUGAACAAGACAAAGGUGAUUCUUAACCCUUUUUUCUCCCCCCCCCCCCCAUGAAAUUUUAACACAGCUGUUCAUGUCCUGUAAAUAUAUGUUAUGUCCAUGCUUUUACACAUGAAAAGGGAUUUUUGCCUUCCCCUACUCCCACCUUCAACUAAUUUUCUCCCUCUGGGGAUAAUACUGCCCCACUGAGUAGGCAGGAUGUAGACCAGGGUAUGCCAUAGUAAAUAGUUGAGGUCCUUUCUUUUUUCUUUUCUUUUCUUUUCUCUCCUCUUCUUUUCUUUCAUAAAGAUUUUAUUUUUAAGUAAUCUCUACACUCAUCAUGGGGCUUAAACUCAAAAUCCUGAGAUCAAGAGUUGCGUGCUCCGCUGACUGAACUAACCAAGUGCCCCUUGGGGUUUUUUUUCUUGACGAGAUAAUUAUGAAGGCUUGGAUCAGGCAGUGACAUGAUCUAGUUUAUGUUUUAGAAAAGAAUUUUGCUACUCAUGAAGACUUAACUGAAGGAGAGCCAGAAUAAAAGCAGGCAAGUGAAUUAAACCAGUAAGGAGAGGUGAAAAGUAAUGGCUUGGUCUACGAAGAUUUUUUUUUAAAGUUUAUUUUGAGAGAGAGAUAGCCGGGACGGGGGCAGAGAGAGAGAGAGGGAGAGAGAGAAUCCCAAGCAGGCUCUGCACUGUCAGCGUGGAGCCAGAUGCAGGGGUUGAACCUAUGAACCGUGAGAUCGUGUUCUGAGCUGAAAUCAAAGAGUUGAACACCUAACUGACCAAGCCACCCAGGUGCCCCAAAGAUUAUUAUUAUAUAGAGAUAAGGAAGAGGAGGGAGAGCAAACGGAGAGAGAGAGAAUAAAUGGAUGUAGCAUUAGUGGUCAUAAGGUAUAUGUUGAUCAAAGCUUGGCGAACGACGCCCUCUGAGACACAAAGGGAGGUUGCCUAUAGAACCCACUGAAAUGAAGGAAGAAAAUGGCUCUUGGGAAAUGAGAAACUUGUCUGAUUUAAAAAAAAAUUUAGGGGCUCCUGGGUGGCUCAGUCGGUUAAGUGUCUUACUUCGGCUCAGGUCAUGUUCUCACAGUCCGUGAGUUCAAGCCCCGUGUCUGGCUCUGUGGUGACAGCUCAGAGCCUGGAGCCUGUUUCAGAUUCUGCGUCUCCCUUUCUCUCUGACCUUCCCCCGUUCAUGCUCUGUCUCUCUCUGUCUCAAAAAUGUUAAAAAAAAAAUGAAAAAAAAAUUUAAUGUUUAUUUUAUUUUUGAGAGAGAGCAGGGGAGGGGCAGAGAGAGAGAGAGGGAGACAGAAUCUAAAGCAGGCUCCAGGCUCUGAGGUGUCAGCACAGAGCCCGACGCAGGUCUCAAAUUCACGGAUCGCAAGAUCAUGACCUGAGUUGAAGUUGGACGCUGAACCAACUGAGCCACCCAGGUGCCCCAAAACUUGUCUGAUUUUUAACCUUGUUAUCAUUUGGAGUUUCUUAGUCAUUUGUGUAUAAGUAGAUGAUCACACACGCAGUUUAGAAUGGGCAAAACUCCACAGAUUUAUUUCAACUUUCUAUUUUUUUCUCGGUAGGAAUGUGCCCCCCAUAUUGUGUACCUUCCAUUCCAGACUUUUUACUGGGAAAUCAGCUUAAAAGCCUGCCUGUUCUUCCAUGUUCUGAGUACUGGUGGUUAUUCGUACGUGGCUAUUUUCAGUUAAAUUCUCAUUGUUUGUUAGAAGUAAAUGGUUCUAAUCUAAUAGACAACUCUUGGACCCUCCAAGAUCCUGAGGGGGACCUAUUGUGAAUUCCCUGAGGCAGAAGCACUCUCAUAUGUAGGUGCUUAUUGCAAUUUGUUGAAUCAGUGAACCGGCAACAUUUCCAAGAUCAUACUGGAAGGUAUUGGCAGAACCCAAAUGAGAUUUUAUACCACAGAGGGUUUGUCUCAUAAUUGAGUGUAAUGAAUGCAAAAUUACUGGGAAUUUUUUUUUUUUUUCACUUCUUAAAGUUUAUUUAGAGAGAGUGUGUGCAAGUGGGAGGAACAGAAAGAGAAUCAAU